AUGCCAUGGCCACGGCAACGGCAGCUGUGUCUGCGGUGGUGGCCGUCACACCCGGCGCUCUCCUAAUACCCCUACCGCCAGCCUCCUCGAGCUUCACCACGCUGGACGGUGUGCCACGUGGCAAGUGUGCCUACUUUAUACGCCGCAGCAGUACGGGUGCACCGCUAACAGCGGCUAAUUUCCCAUCCAGCGUGCUCUACGGGGACUUUCCGGUGCACAGCAAAAUCGAGACAAUGUCGCUGCUGUUCGAUGAGGUGGUGCAGCCGCUUCUUGAGAGGGCCCAGACCGAGUGGCCGCUGAUUGUGUGGAAGGAUCUGCAGGCGCGCAUAAAGGAAGUCCGGAACACACUCACAGAGAUUAAGGGGAAAACCAACAAUCGCACAAUUUUAUCGUUAUUAGUUUCGCCAACAAUCGUCGAGGAAGUGUUUGCCCACGUGAACCAAGGGGACUUGCUACCCGCCCUGGAGCCAAAGUUUCGGAAUCUGCUGGAGGAGAUGUUCAUCAAUUGGACCACCCAAAUGCAUGACAUUGUCAUUGAGCGUUCCGAGUGCCAGGCCAUCGGCAUGGCCGCCCAGUCGCAGGCCAAGCACAUCACGGUGGUGUCGAUGCCUGCCCAGGAGAUUGGCUUCUGGACGAACCGCAAACUCAAUUUGCAGAACAUCUACGAGCAGCUACGCGAGGCCACACACAAGACUCUCGGCCAGAUCCUGGAGCGCAUCGAGUCCGUCUACCAUCAGCCGUAUGCCAAGGCAUUUCGGCAGCUGGUCGCCGCCUGGGUGGAGGCCCAGGAUGUCUCGCUGUGGCUGCAGCCCCUUCUCCGGCAGACAGCCGCCUUCAACUCGGUGCAGUUCAGCAAUGGCCACGAGCUGAUUGCCCCGCUCGUUCAUGUGGUGCACCUGGUGUGGAGCAAUGCACGCUACUAUCGGAGCACCCAAAGGAUGAGUGUGCUGCUGCGAUGCAUAUGCAACAUGCUGGUGCAUCGGGCCGCCGAGGACCUGGAGUUCCCACUGCUCUUCCAGGGCGAUGCCGACGAGGGCCUGUUGCGUAUCAAUCGCACCAGCAAUGUUUUGGAGUUUUUCAAGCAACGCAUGCUGCAGUACAAGGAGAGGUAUGCCAGCAGCCAGGUUCUGUUGCCAGCCCUCCCUGGAGCCGGUGCCACCACCCACUCGCCACCGCCCGACGAUUUGCAGCAGUUGUGGCGCUUCUGCAACGAGGAUGUGUUUGGCCAAACACUCGAUGGCUUCUUGGCCCAGUUGUCGGAGUUGCGGCAGGUGUUCGAGGCAGCGGUUCAGUUUCAGCAACUGGAGAAACUCGAAAUUGGCGGAUUGCGUGGCAAAAUGCUCACCGAGCGCAUCCGAGAGAUAUUCAACGAGUUCAAAGUGCUCUUCGAGCAAUGGAGCAACGUGGACAUCGAUCUGACGGCCCCGGCAGCCAGCAAAUGGAAGUGCUUCAAGCGCGAACAGGCGCUCUUCUUUGAACGCAUGCAACUGCUGGAGCAGAAGUUGGCCACCGUCCUGCUGCAGGCCUUCGAGCAGUGCCACAGUUGGAUGCACCUGCUAAAGCUGUCGCUGAUGUUCGGCUGCCUGCUGCAGCGCAGUGCCGUGCAGCCGGAACUGGUGCGGAUUCUGCCCCACAUUCUGGCCAUCUACGACUCGGAGCUGCAGCAGCUGGAGGGGAGUGUGGCCGAGGUGCUGCUCGGCUACGAGAUUCGUGGCCUGGCUGCCCUUCCAAUGCCCUUUAAUUUCCCCCCCAUUGCGGGGGCCAUGAUGUGGCUGGAGCAGCACAUCAACUGCUGCAAUGAGCUGGGGGCCAAGGAGCUGAAUCAGCUCAUAGAGAAAUUGCUGUUGGAGAAAUCAGAGCUGCAGAGGAUGCCGCUCAAGUGGGACUCUCUGCUCUCCCGUCGCAACAUUCUGACCACCAAGCUCAGCAAUCUGCAAAUGAAGAUCUGGACCACUUGGCAGGGGGGCAUCGACAAGCUCAUUCUGAAAGGACUGGAUGAAGCAGUCAUCGCCCAAUCGCUAGAUGACCGACAGCUGCAUCUGAAUUUCUCUGUGGCUCUGUUUACCCUCUUGAAGGAGACAAAGUAUUUGUCGGCCCUGCAGGCCACUGGUUGCCUGUCCGGCGAUCUCUUUCAGCUGCCGAAGGAGCUGCUGUCGCUGUACGCCCAGCGGGAUGCCUAUUGGGAGCGACGCAUCCGCCUCAUAAAGAUCGGGGAGUUCUACAAUGGGAUCCGGACGGGAGAGUGUGCCGCCGCCGAGCUGCAGCUGAUACGCAACGAGCUGGCGGCCAUCGAUGAGCAGGUGGCAGUGGCCUGCGACCAGUUGACUUGGCGCUGCUACGAUGAGCCGCUUAUAGCCAGCAUUUUUGAGCAGAGUCGUGACCUGUUCGCCCGUCUCCAGCAAUCGCAUGACAAUCUGGAUGCCAUCCUGGCCAGCAUGCGGCGCUGGAGUCGAGAGCCGCUGCAUCAGCGAAGUCUCUAUGGCAGAAAUCUGCUGGAUUUACGCCACCAGCAGGAGCGUGUGCGUCUGCGGCUGCUGCAAUGCGAUGAGACCAAAAUGUUGCUCAAUCGCCUCUUGAUAGCCAACUUUUGUUUGUUUUUCAACUACGAAUCGCAAGAGUUUCAGCUGUACUCAAGAGAUCUGAGUGUCCAGGAGUUUGUUAGGGAAUUCCCCGAAGAGCAGCGACGGCAGUAUAACAAAUAUUUGGCCAGCGUUGAUCAGUUGAUUGUCCGCGAAGUGCGACAGGCCAUGAGAAUCAGUUUAGAGUAUUUGUACAAAGAAAUGACAGCAACAGCAACAGCGAGGACUCCUCCGUUGUCUGUGGCGGAGCCAGGGGCCACUUCAGCGACUCCAACUCCGUCUCCGACUGCGACUUGCACAGCGAGUGUGGCAAGGUUAGUUCUACAGCAAAUCACAGUGCCACAAGCGACAGCAACCGCAACAACCGCUACAACAACAGCAAUAGCAACAACAACAGCAACGACAACAACAGUCAACGAUGCUCCACUCUUCGAGGUGAAAUUGGAACUGACGGAAACGGAAAUACGCUUUUCGCCAGCCUUUAAUGCAAGUGUGGAAAAUAAUUUUCAACAAAUUGUCGAGCAGCUGUUGCUCGAUAUAAAACAGACAUGCGACUGCAUGCCAAGAAUUGUGCCUGACAAUGCCCUGUCAGAGGAUGAUGAAGAUGAUAACGAUGAGAAUGAUGAUGAUGAUCCGAAGACAAUGGAGGAGGUCGAGGAGAAGGACAAGCACCAGACCGUGCAGUUUAACCUGCUGCAGGCAGCCAAGGCUUAUAGCCAAAAAAUGGAAUGCCGCUUGGAUGACUUGGAGAUGCUGGAAAAAGCCAUACGCGAUGCUCUGGAUGAUACGGUUCGAGCCGCAUUGACUUAUGCUGCCAAAUUCAACGCCUAUGCAUUCCUCUGGACCCAGCAGAGCGGCGAUGUGUUGGCUGCGUGCAUGGUGGCGGCCAAAGAGCAGACACAGCAUGUCAGCGGCGGCGGCUAUGCCAUCAUGGAGACAUUCAAAAAAGAGAUCGAGCAGUACAGCGAGGUGCACGAGGCGAUUGACCAGAUGGAGAAUCGGGAGUGCAUCAAUGGCUGGCUGGCCCUGGAUCUGAAGCCCCUCAAGUACGGUCUGCUGAAUCUGGCCUGCAAGUGGUCGCAUCUCUGCAAGCAGUGGCUCCUCCGCUAUGUCCAGGGCACCCUCAAGGAGCUGAAUGCCUUCAUUGCGCGCGGCCAUGAGACGUUGCAGCUGCAUAUUGCACGCCAGGACUUUAAGGCGCUGCUUCGUGUUCUGGCCAUCAUGGCGGAGAUACGUCAGCGCGAGCCGUACGCGGAUACUGUUUUCAAGCCGCUGAAGGACAUCAUGGCCCUGCUCAAGACCUACAAUGUGGAGUACGAAUCACAGCUGCUGCGCAGCAUCGAACAACUGCCGCAGCAGUGGCAACAGCUGAAGCAGUGCAGCAGCGUCAAGCAGGAGGCGCUGCAGGACACACGCUUCCACCAGCAGCAAAGAGUCGCCUCGCUCAUUGGCCUGCACACGUGCCACUUGCAGCACUAUGCCAGGCAGUUCCAACGCAUGCCGUUCUUUCGAGUGCCCUGUCCGCAGGUGUACGAUGCCUGCGACGAGGUCUACGUGCGUCUCCAUCGCUUCGGCAGACAGCAGCGUCUCUACACGCGUUGGGCGCGACUCCUCGACAUUGCGGCACCCGAUACGACCACCCUGCAGCUAUGCGAAGUGGAACUCAGGCGAGUAAAGCAAUUGUGGGACUUUGUUCGUGUCAUCGAGUCGUGCAUUGUUGAUUGGCAUGCGACACCUUGGCUGCUCAUCGACACGGACGAUAUGGAGCACGAGUGCAAGAAAUUCACGCGCGAUUUGCGCACCCUCGACAAAUGUAUACGCGACUGGGCGCCCUAUGUCUACAUUGUGGGUGUCCUCCGGGAGCUGGUGGCCUCCCUGCGGGCCAUUACCGAACUGCAGAAUCCAGCAAUUACGGAACGCCAUUGGCUGGAGCUGAUGCAACUGACAAAGCUCUCGUACAAAUGCAACAAGUCGACGAGCCUCGCCCAGCUGCUGAGGCUGCAGCUGCAGCAUCAUGAGGAGGACAUCAAGAACACCGUGGAUCGCGCCAUCAAGGAGCUGACCGUGACCAAGGUGCUCGACGAAAUCAAGGCCACGUGGGCGCAUCUGGAAUUCGAGCUGGAGCCACACCAGACACGUCCCAGCAUACAGCUGCUCAAGGUGUCGGAGGAGCUCAUCGAGACGCUGGACGACAACCAGAUGCAGCUGCAGAAUAUUUCCACAUCGAAGCACAUCGAGUACCUGCUCGACAAACUCGGCCACUGGCAGCGUGUCCUCAGUGGCAUCGACACCCUGAUUGUCAACUGGCUGGAGGUGCAGCGCAAGUGGAUUUACCUCGAGUGCAUCUUCAUCGGCUCGGCGGACAUCAGAGCCCAACUGCCGGCAGAUGCGGCCAACUUUGAGCGCAUUGAUGCCGACUUCACGGUGCUGCUGGCACGCGUCAGUGGAGUGCGGGUCGUUAUGCAGGUGGUGCUGCGGCACGAGGACGUCCUGCCCCAGUUGCUGCAACUGCAGCAGCGUCUGGCCAUCUGCGAGAAGGCGUUGAACGAUUAUCUGGAGACCAAGCGGCUGGCCUUCCCCCGCUUCUACUUCAUCUCGGCCGCCGACCUGCUGGACAUACUCUCCAACGGCAACAAUCCGCAGGUCAUCGAUCGCCACCUCAUCAAGCUAUUCGACUCGAUUCUGAGGCUCCAAUACGAGACCAACACCACCCAUGCCGUGGGCAUGCACUCGAAGGAGAACGAUGAGUACGUGCCCUUUGUGGCGGAGCAGGAUCAGCCCGCCUUCAUCGUCUGCAGUGGCCGUGUGGAGCUCUGGCUGCGCGCCAUCAUCCAGCAAAUGCGGAGCACCCUCCACGAGCUCUUCCGCAGAGCUCUGCGCGCCUUUGGGGAGAAGCCGCGCGAGCUCUGGCUCUACGAUUGGCCAGCCCAAGUGGCCCUCUGCUGCAGCCAGAUCAGCUGGACGGCGGAUGUGAAUCGAUCGUUCAGCUGCAUGGAGGAGGGCUACGAGGGCGUCAUGAAGGAGCUCCACAAGCGACAGAUGGCCCAAUUAAAUGCGCUGAUCAAUUUGCUGCUGGGAGAACUGUCGCCGGGCGAUCGCCAGAAGAUCAUGACCAUCUGCACCAUUGAUGUGCACUCGCGGGAUGUUGUGGGCAAGAUCAUAUCCUCCAAGGUCGACAACUCCCUGGCCUUCCAGUGGCAGAGCCAGCUGCGCCAUCGCUGGGACGACGACCAGGCGGGCAGCUCCAGCGGCGGGGCAGGCACCGCCAUCAGUGCGGGCGGCGGCGACGAGGAUUGCUUUGCCAACAUUUGCGAUGCAGAGUUCCGAUACGCCUACGAAUACCUCGGUAACACAUCGCGACUGGUCAUCACACCGCUCACAGAUCGCUGCUACAUCACCCUGACGCAGUCCUUGCGACUGCGACUGGCGGGUGCAACCGCUGGACCUGCCGGCACCGGGAAAACGGAAACGACCAAGGACCUGGGACGCGCGCUGGGCGUAAUGGUUUAUGUCUUCAACUGCUCGGAGCAAAUGGACUACAAAUCUUGUGGCAACAUUUACAAAGGGCUGGCCCAGACCGGUGCCUGGGGCUGCUUUGACGAGUUCAAUCGCAUCUGCGUGGAGGUGCUGUCCGUGGUGGCCGUUCAGGUGAAGACCAUACAGGACGCGAUAAAGAUGCAUAAAACCCAAUUUAUCUUUAUGGGCGAGCGCAUUUCGCUGGAGCCGUCGGUCGGAAUUUUUAUCACCAUGAAUCCGGGCUAUGCCGGCCGCACGGAGCUGCCGGAGAACCUGAAAACAUUGUUUCGCCCUUGCGCCAUGAUUGUGCCGGACUUUGCUUUGAUUUGUGAGAUUAUGUUAAUGGCCGAGGGCUUCCAGGAUGCCCGUCUCCUGGCACGCAAAUUUAUCACCCUCUACACGCUGUGCAAGGAGCUGCUGUCCAAGCAGGAUCACUACGAUUGGGGUCUGCGCGCCAUCAAGUCGGUGCUCGUGGUGGCCGGCACACUCAAGCGCGAUGACCACAGCCGGCCCGAGGAUCAGGUGCUGAUGCGGGCGCUGCGUGACUUCAACAUACCCAAGAUUGUGACGGAGGAUGUGCCCAUAUUUAUGGGCCUGAUUGGCGACCUCUUUCCUGCCCUGGACGUGCCACGGAAACGGGUCUUUGAGUUUGAGAAAACCAUACGGCGGGCGGUGAACGAAAUCAAGCUCCAGCCGGAGGAGGGAUUCCUCAUGAAGGUGGUGCAGCUGCAAGAGCUCCUGGACGUACGCCACUCGGUUUUCAUUGUGGGCAAUGCGGGCACGGGCAAGACCAAAAUAUGGCAGACCCUUCGCGAGACCUAUCGCAUUCAGAAACUGAAGCCCGUUUGCCAUGUGCUCAAUCCCAAGGCUCUGUCGAAUGAUGAGCUGUUCGGGAUUGUCAAUCCCACGACGCGCGAGUGGAAGGAUGGCCUGUUCUCUUCGAUAAUGAGGGAGCAGGCCAAUAUGCCGCCAGGAAACCCAAAAUGGAUCGUUCUGGACGGGGACAUUGAUCCCAUGUGGAUCGAGAGCCUCAACACACUGAUGGACGACAACAAGAUCCUGACGCUCGCGAGCAACGAGAGGAUUUCCCUGAAGCGCGAGAUGCGCCUUCUCUUCGAAGUGGGACACCUCAAGGCAGCCACUCCUGCCACAGUCUCCCGUGCGGGUAUUUUGUACAUCAACCCCCAGGAUCUGGGCUGGUCGCCCUAUGUUUCGUCCUGGCUGGAGACGCGAGUGGAUAUGAUUGAGCGUGGUAUCCUCACGACGCUGUUUGAAAAGUACUUUCCCUGUCUCAUGCAGCGGCAUCGUGACUUCCGUCGCAUUACACCCAUCACGGAUAUGGCCAUGAUUCAAAUGACCUGCCAUCUGCUGGAGUGUCUGCUGGACACCGAUGACAGAGGUGGAGCAGGGAAUGGGGCCACUACUGCCGUCAAUCCUCACAGUCUGCACCAUGGCGAGAUCUCGCACGAGUCCGCUGAGAUGGCCCUGGAGACGAUAUUUGUGUAUGCCACCGUCUGGAGCUUUGGAUCGGCCCUGCUGCAGGACAUUAUCAUCGACUGGCAUCGGGAGUUCCACAAGUGGUGGACGGGGGAAUUUAAGGAUGUGAAGUUGCCCAAUCAGGGCACUGUGUUCGACUAUCAAUUGAAUGUGCAAACGCUAAAAUUCCAGGCAUGGUCCGAGCUGGCCGCCCAUGACCAGCAGCAGCUGGAUGGUCAAAUCGAUGCCGAGAUGCCAUUGCAGAACGUGCUCAUUUCAACUGCAGAGACCACACGCCUGGCCUACUUCCUCAAGCUGCUCAUCGACCGCAAUCUGGCCUGCAUGCUGGUUGGCAGCUCCGGCUGCGGCAAGGGCGCCAUCUUCCGUGAGCUCUUCAGCAAAUAUGCCAGUGACCAGGAGCUUCUUGAAAUCGCAGUGACUGCUGUCACAGACAGUCAUCAGCAGCAGCAACAGCAUCAGCAUCAGCAUCUGUCCAAUCCCCCAUUAGGCGCAGGCGGUGGAGGAGCCUCAACUGGAGGGAACGUACGCCGGACGACAUCCUCCUCGACACCGCUGCUGACCACAGUGCAGGCGACGCACUUCAACUUCUACACCACAUCGGAGAUAUUCCAGAAAAUGCUCGACCGUCCGCUAGAAAAGAAGUCUGGCCGCUGUUAUGCCCCCAGUGGACCCAAGCGACGGCUUGUCUACUUUGUCAAUGACCUGAACAUGCCGGAGGUGGAUGAAUACGGCACCGUGCAACCGCACACAAUUAUGCGACAGUUCAUGGACUACAGGCAAUGGUACGAUCGCCAGAGGCUGCAGUUGAAGGAUAUUCGACACUGCCAGUUUGCGGCCUGCAUGAAUCCGACGGCUGGCUCCUUCACCAUUGACCCACGCCUGCAGCGCCAUUUCUGUGUGUUCUCCGUGUCGCAACCGACCGAGGACAUGCUGCAGUACAUCUACUGGAGCAUUCUCAACGGUCACCUCGAGAGUCCGACGCAGGGCUUCAGCAAAGAAAUACGCACGAUUGGCAGUCUCCUGGUGCGUGUGGGCAUUGCCCUCCACCGACGCGUGGAGUACGCCUUCCUGCCGACGGCCGUCAAGUUCCAUUACCUUUUCAAUUUGCGCGACCUCACGGGCAUCUACCAGGGUCUGAUGAACAGUGUGGGUGCGCCGGCCUCGGCGGGCGGUGGGCCCACAGCAAACGUGUAUGGCGGCACCGUCUGCAGCAGGCCCUCAGAACUGAUCCGGCUCUAUGUGCACGAGGCUUUUCGGGUCUAUCACGAUCGUUUGGUCGAUCCGUAUGACAUCAAGUCAUUCAAGUCUUCGAUUCGGGACAUAUUCAAGAAGGACUUUGAGGACUUUGACGAAGAGUUUGUGUUUGCAGAGCCCCUGAUCUACAGCCAUUUUGCCCAGUCGCUGGUGGACCAGAAGUACAUGCCGCUCAAGAGCUGGGACUCGCUCUAUCAACUGCUGCUGGAGGCCCAGGCCAGCUACAAUGAGGUGGUGGGCUACAUGAAUCUAGUCCUCUUCGAAGAUGCCAUGAUACACGUGUGCCGGAUUAAUCGCAUUCUCGAAAGUCCACGGGGCAAUGCCCUGCUCAUUGGAGUGGGCGGAUCUGGAAAGCAGACCCUCGCUCGCCUGGCUGCCUUCAUCUCGUCGCUGAGUGUCUCCCAGAUUCAAAUCAAGCGCGGCUUUGGACUGCUCGAUAUGAGGGAGGAGAUCGCCAGUCUCUAUAUGAAGGUGGGCCUCAAGAAUCUGGCCUCGGUGUUCCUCAUCUCUGAUGCCCAAAUACCCGACGAGUCCAUACUGAUGCUCAUCAACGAUUUGCUGGCCUCCGGUGAGAUACCAGAGCUCUUCAACGAUGACCAUCUGGAGACCAUCAUCAAUGGCAUACGGAAUGAAGUGAAGCAGAGCGGCACCCUGGACACCAAGGACAACUGUUGGCGAUAUUUUGUUGAGAAGGUUCGACGGCUGCUUAAAGUGGUUCUCUGCUUCUCCCCCGUGGGGCAGACGCUGCGUGUGCGGGCCAGAAAAUUUCCGGCCAUCAUCAGUCGCACGGCCAUCGACUGGUUCCAUGAGUGGCCAAAGAGCGCUUUGGAGUCCGUAUCCCAGAAGUUUCUCAGCGAAAUCAGCAGCAUUUUGGAGCCCGCGCUGGUGCCGCCCAUCGGUUGCUUUAUGGCUUACGUCCAUGGUACCGUGAAUCAGAUAUCGAAAAUUUAUCUACAGAAUGAAAAACGCUACAACUACACGACCCCAAAAACUUUUCUGGAAUACAUUUUCCUCUACCGCAAACUGUUGGUGGACAAAAACGGGGAGUUUGCCGAGCGCAUUGCACGCCUCCAGAGCGGCAUGGCGAAACUGGCGGAGUGUGCCCGUCAGGUGGACACCCUGAAGCAUCAAUUGGCCAUCCAAGAAGUUCAGCUGGCGGGUAAGAAUGCGGCCGCCGACAAGCUGAUUGUCAUCGUCAGUGCCGAGAGCGAGAAGGUGAAGCGGGAGCGUUACAUAGCCUCGGAGGAGGAGAAGCGGGUCCGCAUCAUCGAAGAGGAUGUCUCCAUCAAGACCAAGAUGUGCGAGGAGGAUCUGCGGCAGGCGGAACCGGCCCUGGUGGCCGCCCAGGCAGCACUCAAUACCCUCAAUAAGAACAAUCUCACCGAACUGAAGUCCUUCGGCUCCCCGCCCAAGGGUGUGAUCAACGUGUGCGCCGCUGUGAUGGUGCUGCUGGCCACCAAUGGCAAAAUACCCCGCGAUCGCAGCUGGAAGGCGGCCAAGCUGAUGAUGGUGCGGGUGGACCAGUUCCUCAACGAUCUGCUCAACUACAACAAGGACAACAUACACCAGAAUAUCAUAGAAACGCUCCAGGAGUAUCUCAAGGAUCCCGAGUUCAAUCCCGACAAAGUCGUGCAAAAGUCAGUGGCUGCUGCUGGUCUGUGUGCCUGGGUCAUCAAUCUGUAUCGCUAUCACCAGGUCUUCCUGAUAGUCGGCCCCAAGCAGCAGGCCCUGCAGGACUCACACCAGGAGCUACUGGAGGCUCGCGAGCGCCUGCAGUAUCUCAAAUCGAAGAUUAACAACCUGGAGGCCAAGCUCGCGGAAAUUCAGGCCGAGUUCGAGCACGCGGUGGCCGAGAAGCAAAAGUGCCAGCGCGAGGCGGACAAGACCUCAUUCACAAUUGACCUGGCCCAUCGUCUGGUCAACGGACUGGCCAACGAGAAUGUCCGCUGGCGCGAGUCCGUCCAGAGUUUACAAGCCAAGAUUGGAACCCUGCCUGGAGAUAUACUACUAAUUUCCUCGUUCCUGUCGUACGUGGGCUGCUUCACGCGCCGUUACCGCGAGGAGCUGCAGCACAAGAUGUGGCUGCCGAACUUUCGCAAAAUCGAUCCGCAGAUACCCCACACCGAGGGCGUCGACACUUUGGCCCUGUUCUCGGACGAUGCCCAGAUAGCAACCUGGAACAAUGAGGGUCUGCCCAUGGAUCGAAUGUCCACGGAGAACGCCACCAUCUUGCAGUACACGACGCGAUGGCCGCUAAUGAUUGAUCCACAGCUACAAGGCAUCAAGUGGAUCAAGAACCGCUUUGGAGCAUCUUUGGUUGUGCUGCGCCUGCGGCAGCGUGGCUUUCUGGAGGCCCUGGAGAAGUGCAUCUCGCAGGGCGAUACUGUGCUCAUUGAACAAAUCGAAGAGUCAAUGGACACUGUGCUGGAGCCCUUGCUGAGCCGGGCGCUGAUCAAAAAGGGUCGAUAUCUGCGGAUUGGCGACAAGGAAAUCGAGUUUAAUGCAAAUUUCCGGCUCAUACUCCACACGAAGAUGGCCAAUCCGCACUACAAGCCGGAAAUGCAGGCCCAGACGACCCUGAUUAACUUUACGGUGACGCCGGAUGGCCUCGAGGAGCAGCUGCUCGCGGAAGUGGUCAAGAUUGAGCGGCCGGACUUGGAGCAAAUGAAAACGGAGGUAACCGUCCAACAGAACAAGUUCAAAAUCUCCCUAAAAGCCCUCGAGGAUGAGCUCCUGGCCAGACUCGCCUCAGCCGGCGAGAAUGUGCUCGAUGACCAUGCCUUGGUACUGAAUCUGGAGAACACCAAGCGCACCGUGGAUGAAAUCGAGGCCAAGGUGCGGGAGGCUCGUCUCACGACCCUGCAGAUCGACGACACGCGGAACAUCUAUCGUUCGGCGGCCAAGCGGGCGGCAAUCCUGUACUUUGUCCUCACCGACCUCAACCGCAUCAAUCCCAUCUACAAGUUCUCGCUGAAGUCCUUCAUGCACGUCUUCCGGCAGGCCAUCGCCCUGGCGCCCGACUGCAAGAACUACGAGAAGCGAGUGCUGCACCUGGUCGACUCUAUCACCCUCCAGACCUACCGCUACACGCUGAGGGGUCUCUUCGAGGCGGACAAGCUGACCUUCACCUCGCACAUGACGCUGCGCAUCCUGAUUGCCGCCGAUCAGGUCUCCAAGGAUGAGACGGACUUCCUGCUGCGAUACCCCCACGAUCCGAGCACACUGUCGCCGCUGGACUUUGUCGGGCGCAGUGCCUGGGGCGGUAUUAAGUCGCUGACCCUCAUCGAGCACUUCUACGGCAUCGACAAGGACAUGGAGAACUACACGAAGCGCUGGCGCAAGUUCAUGGGCAGCGAUACCCCCGAGCGGGAGCAGUUCCCGGGCGAGUGGAAGCACCGGACGCCGCUCCAGAAGCUGUGCAUUGUCCGAGCCCUGCGGCCCGAUCGCAUGACCUAUGCCAUGUGCCAGUUCGUUGAGCAGACCAUGGGACGAUCGUAUGCGGAGGUCCAGACACCGCCGUUCAAUGCCAUCUUCAAGGACCUGAAUGCGGCGACACCAGCCUUCUUUAUACUCUCACCCGGUGUCGAUCCCAUCCGGGAUGUGGAGUGGUUUGGCCAGAAGCAGGGCUUCCACGCAGAAGCCGAGACGCUGAUUAACAUUUCGCUGGGCCAGGGCCAGGAACUGCUGGCCGAACAGGCCAUACACCAGGCUCUGGCCUCCGGUCAGCAGUGGGUCAUCCUGCAGAACAUUCAUCUGGUGGUCAACUGGCUGCCGACGCUGGAAAAACUCAUCGAGCGCAUUGUCCUGCAGUCCGAGACCCAGGGGGAGUCCAAUUUCCGUCUCUUCAUCAGCGCUGAGCCGGCCCCGGAUCCGCAGUACCACAUCAUACCGCAGGGCAUCUUGGAAUCGUCGCUGAAGGUGGUCAAUGAGCCGCCAGCUGGGAUGGCCGCCAACCUCCACAAGGCCUGGGAUAACUUCUCUCAGGACGCGCUGGAAACCUGCACCCAAGAGGCCGAAUUCAAGUCCAUUCUGUUCGCCCUCUGCUACUUCCAUGCAGUGGCCGGGGAAAGGCGAAAGUUCGGGCCCCAGGGCUGGAACAAGAUCUAUCCGUUCAACAUCGGGGACCUCAUGAUCUCGUCGAAUGUGCUGCAUAACUAUCUGGAGGGUAGCAAUCGCAUACCGUGGGAGGAUCUGCGCUACCUUUUCGGCGAGAUCAUGUACGGGGGCCACAUCACCGACGACUGGGACAGGCGCCUCUGUCAAACGUACUUGGAGGAGCUUCUGCAACAGGAUCUCAUCGAUGGCGACUUUGAGCUGUGCCCGGGAUUCCCAGCUCCGCCCAAUCUCGAUUUCGAGGGCUAUCACUCCUACAUCAAUGAAAUGCUACCAGAUGAGUCCCCCCUGCUGUACGGACUUCACCCAAAUGCGGAGAUUGGUUUCCUUACCACCGCCUCUGAGCAGCUGCUGCGCACCAUCUUCGAGCUACAGCCCAGAGAAUCGGAGCUGAGCUCCCACUGUGGUGCCCCCAGGGAGGAGCUCGUGAAGAUCAUGAUCGAUGACUUUCUGGACAAGCUGCAGGACGAGUUCAAUCUGCAGGCGCUGCUCAAUCGGGUGGAGCGCAAGACCCCCUUCGUGGUCGUGGCCCUUCAGGAAUGUGAGCGCAUGAAUGCCCUCAUUCGCGAGAUCAAGCGAUCUCUCCGCGAACUGAUGCUGGGCCUCAAGGGAGAGCUGACCAUCACUCAGGAAAUGGAGCGGCUGGAUCACGCAAUCUUCUAUGACCAUGUGCCUGGGGCUUGGGCCCUGCUGGCCUAUCCCAGCAUGCUGGGCCUCCAGGGCUGGUACGCGGAUCUACUGCAUCGCAUCAAGGAGCUGGCCGGCUGGCUGAACGACUUCAAGCUUCCAUGCGCCAUCUGGCUGGGUGGAUUGUUCAAUCCACAGAGCUUCCUCACGGCCAUUAUGCAGGAGAGUGCCAGGAAGCACGAUCUGCCACUGGACCGCAUGCUGAUCAGCUGCGAUGUCACCAAGAAGCAAAAGGAUGAUGUCACCCUUCCACCUAUGGAGGGUGCCUUUGUCCAUGACCUGUAUAUGGAUGGGGCCAGCUGGGAUUGUCAGCUCAACUCUAUUGUGGCCCUGCAUCCCAAGGAGAUGCUCUGCGCCAUGCCUGUCAUCUACAUCAAGUCCAUUGUCCAGGAGAAACAAGAGCUGCAGCGUGUCUACGAGUGCCCCCUAUACAAGACCAGGUCGCGUGGCAACACUUAUGUCUGGACAUUCAACCUCAAGACCCGCGAGCGUCCAUCGAAAUGGAUAUUGGGGGGAGUGGCACUCUUAUUGCAGCCAUAAAAGCGAGCCGCGCACUUCACUCGUCCAUCCGUAUCUACGCGUAGCAUUUCGUAUCUACUAACCAAAGUUCAGGCAUCGCUCGCGCACACACCAGACGUUUCCACUCGAAAUGACGAAUCAAUUAGUAGAUAAUUAUUUAUUAACUUUUAGCGCCUCCCCACUCCAUCCGCGGGUCGUGUCUCGUCUCGCGCAACGCACGUGAAGUUCGCGUAAAUAUGACGAAACCAACAAUAUAUGUAUCUUAUCUGACAUUAGUGGAACGAUGUAUUGCGAAUAGUUGAAUGUUGCUAGGGUAAAUUCCUCGUAAUUCCAAUGAGGCAACCUGUUGUUAAUACAUUUUGCUCUGCACAGUUAUUGGGAAGUUCUAUAUCAAUCCCCAAUAAUACAAAUGAAUAAAGUGCCGCCUAUGGUUUUUAUAUUAUAUCUAGGGGAAACUACUAGGGUAAUGCCCCUCAGUACACUCAGAGACAAAUGGUAGACUAAAAAGAACAUACAUACACGCAUAUUUAAAAGAAAUUAUUAUUAAUUUUAAACACGAACAUUUCAGUUAAAUGUAUUCAAAAUUCAUAUUUAAUCGAAAUAUACAAAACUUUAA